AUGGCGCUAGAGUGGGUUGUGCUAGGCUACGCCGCGGCCGCAGAGGCUAUAAUGGUCAUUCUUCUCACGAUCCCAGGCCUCGACGCCCUCCGCAAGGGUCUGAUCGCCGUCACCCGUAACCUGCUGAAGCCAUUCCUGUCGGUGGUCCCCUUCUGCCUCUUCCUCCUAAUGGACAUCUACUGGAAAUAUGAGACGCGUCCCAGCUGCGAGGGUGAAUCCUGCACCCCAUCCGAACACCUCCGCCACCAGAAAUCUAUCAUGAAGAGCCAGCGCAACGCCCUCCUCAUCGCCUCCGCCCUCCUCUUCUACUGGCUCCUCUACUCCGUCACCAACCUUGUCGUCAAGAUCGAACAACUCAACCAGCGCCUUGAACGCUUGAAGAAUCGCGACUGA